AUGGCCACCACACCUACCUUCGAGAACAAAGACGAUAAGCAGGUUGUGCCUCUCUGGAUCAAUGGCAAGAAUGUUGCUGUUGGAUCCGGACCUUUAAUUGAGGUUAUCAAACCAUCCGAGGACAAGACCGUCCACUAUGCCCGAUCAGCCGAUGUUGAUGACGCCAAAGCCGCCAUCACAGCGGCCUCCGAAGCCUUCAAGACCUGGAGCACCACUCCUCUCGAACAUCGCCGAAAGCUAUUGCUCAAGGUAGCCGGCGUCUUGGCCCAGCGAGCAAAGGAGAUCGGCGACAUCCAAAUCGAGGAGACAUCGGCUCCUCCUCAGUUUGGGCAGAACUUUGCCUACGCCGCAGCCGCAACAGUCGAGGAACUUGCGGCGCAAAUCACCACAGCUUUUGAGGCCAGUGCUCCUCACACAAACUCCAAUUCGCACGUUGUGGGAUACAGGACCCCCAUUGGUCCUGUGCUAUUCAUCUCUCCAUGGAACACUCCCUCAUAUUUGGCAACGCGUGGGAUUGCCACGGCUCUUGCUGCGGGCUGCACCGUCGUCCUCAAAGCCUCGGAGCUCUGCCCGGCGACUUACCACAUGAUCUGCCAAGUAUUUGCUGAGGCUGGAAUACCAGAGGGCGUGCUAAAUCAAAUUGUGGUGCGUCGUGAAGACGCCGCCACGGUCACCGAAGCCAUCAUCGCGGAUCCACGAAUCCGCAAGGUCGAGUUUAUCGGAAGCGCGGCAGUGGGUAAGAUCAUCGGGCAGUUAUGCGGCAAGUACUUGAAGCCAAUUCUGAUGGAGUUGGGCGGCAAGUGUCCCGUCAUUAUCUGCGAGGAUGCCGAUCUGGCCAAGGCUGCCAAGGCGGCUGCUUUUGGUGCGUUCCUCCACCACGGGCAGAUCUGCAUGUCCACCGAGCGCAUCAUUGUCGUCAAGUCUGUGGCAGAGGAAUUUACCAGUCUACUCAAGGCGGAGGUUGCGGGCUGGAGUCAGAUGCCAGGCUAUGCUGCGAGCAAGGAAUUCGCCAGCAAGGCACAUCUUGCUCUGGAGGAGGCCAAGAAGGAGGGAGCUGAGUUUAUUGUUGGCGAUAACUCGUUCCGGGAUGAGCACAAAACCAGUCUCACUCCCACUAUUGUGACGGGUGUUAGCCCCAACUCAAGGCUAUACGACGAAGAAACCUUUGGCCCGUCCUCAUCUCUGUAUAUUGUCGAAGAUGAGGAAGCUGGUCUCGAGUUGGCUAAUUCAUCUAAAUAUGGGCUUGUCGGCGGAGUGUGGGCAAGGGAUGUGAUGCGAGGAAUUGCUUUGUGCAAGAGACUAGAAUGCGGUAUCGUUACAGUCAAUCAGGGGACCAUGUUGACAGAGAUCCCACCUAGCGCAUCUGCUGGCGCAGCAAAGGGUAGCGGUUGGGGUCUUUCCGGUGGAUCUGAGGGCAUCCGAGAGUUUUUGCAUCUGAAGGGGAUCAUAGUCACGGCUUGA